AUGGUGGUAUCUGGAAAAAUCGCCGAGCGAGAUGUACAUAUAGUCAGCGCCGCGUUUGGCGGUGGCGCGUUACGCGGCUCAGAGAUUUUCAAGAGCGGCGAAUCCGACCCUGUCGGCCCCCGCGCUUUCGAGUCACGCUUUCGAGCGGCUGGUUGUUUGUGUGUUUCAGUGGUGAACCAGCGUUACGAUCCGGAAGUGCAAUGUCCCGGCGGUUUCCUCGGCAACAACGUACUUAUGCGGUGCAACGUGCCCAGUUUCGUUCGCGACCACGUUACCAUUACGUCUUGGCUUCAGGAGCCGUCCUUCAACAUCUACCCGUCGACGAUGGGAGAUGGCAAGUAUCACAUGCUCUCGAGCGGCGAGCUUAUGAUACUGAACAUCACGCGGGAGGACGCGGAACGGUCUUAUCGGUGCAGGACGCAUCAUCGUUUGACGCAGGAAACGGUUGUCAGCAGCAACGUUGGCAGGCUUCAACUGACUGAGAUACGCAGCACCAUGCAUCCGAUGAUAAACGAGAAGGUGGUGUAUAUGUCGGCGCGGUUGAAAGACACCAUUGUGAUACCGUGCGUCGCGUAUGGCAAUCCAACCCCUACCAACAGGUAAGAACGUCACCAG